AUGUCUAAGUUAGAGGAAAUGCGUAUACAAGGAAUCCGAAGCUUCGGACCAGAAAACCCACAACAAAUAUCAUUUUCCACUCCUGUUACAUUGAUCCUUGGACCAAAUGGAACAGGAAAAACGACAAUCAUUGAAUGUUUAAAGUAUGCCGUGACAGGUGAAUUACCUCCUGGUGCUAAGACUGGAGCAUCAUUUAUUCAUGACCCAAAACUGACGAGUUCUGUUGAAGUUAAAGCCAAAGUCGCUCUCAAAGUCAAAGAUGUUAGAAAUUGCUCAAUGGUCGCUGCUAGGAAUCUUGUCGCUACCCAACGCGGAACGGCAAAAGCCCCUAGUCUAAAAACUCUUGAUGGUGCAAUUAAGAGAGUAAACCCAGAUGGGACGGUAACUAGCAGAAGUUUGCGUGUUGGUGAAAUGGAUGCAGAGAUGGUUAAUAGCUUGGGUGCUUCAAAAGCUGUCUUUGAGAAUGUAGUCUUUUGCCAUCAGGAGGAUUCUAACUGGCCCUUGCAGGAGGCUAAAUCAGUUAAAGAACGUUUUGAUGACCUCUUUGCUUCCUCUCGCUACGUUAAGGCACUCGACGCUCUUCGCAAAUCCCGAACUGAUCUGGAGGCCAAGGCGAGGGAAUAUCGGGCUGAGUUGAAACACCUGACCCGGUCUAAAGAUGAAGCGAACCAGGUUCGACAUCGAAAGGCUGACAGGGAGCGCGAUUUAGAGGGAAAAAUGGAGGAACUCUCGAGAGUGGAUCAGGAGCUUGACCCUAUUUGUGCUCAACUAACUCUUUACCGCAAGAAGUACAAGGAAUUGGUUGAGUACCAAGCUACUUCGAAGUCCCUUUCCGAUCAGAAACGAAAUCUGGAGGAAGGUCUCAAGGAACUAAACAAUAAAAUUACCAAAAAAUUUGAGGGAAGUGAUGAAGAACUUAAUGAGGCUAUUGAAAAAGCGGAUGAACAGCUGGCUGAAUGGCAGAGAUCCCUAAUUAGGAAUGAAACGAAUCUGAAAGAGAUUCAAUCGUUCGUUAAGGCUAAUGAUCAGACCAAGCAUGAACUCGUCAUUAGCAGAACUCGCUUAGAUAUUGAGGUUCAGCGGUUGGAUGAAGCUUUGAAGAAAAGAAAUGAAGUCAUAGGCAAUCUGGCUGUAACAAUGGAGCUAACAGAUAUUGCAGAUAAGUUCGCUAACGAGCGAGAACUCUCCAACUCGGAUGUUGAAACUGUGAAAAGACAUCUUGAGGACGCUGUUAAGAUCUCCGAAAGCCACUUGAACAAGGCCAAGGGUGCGCUUGAAUCUGAUGGCAGAAAAGCUCAGAAAAAAGUUGAUGAAGCUCUAUCUGCCUUAGUUAGAGUUGAACAGUCCAUCACCAAUCAGGAAAGCGCUUUGUCAGAGUACGUCGAGAAAUGGAGCGAUUUCGAUAACAAGUUGAAACGAGCCUCUUCUGCAAGUGGUGAAUUAGAAGCUGUCAAAAAGAAAUUAGACGAAGCUACAAGUUCUCGAGAACUGCUGGAAUCUUCUGAAAGUGAAUCAGAAUUAAAGAAAUCGAUUGAAAGAGCCCAAACGGAGCGGAAUUCCUAUGAGGAUCAAAUUGCAUAUCUAGAUGCCCAAAUUGACAAGGCACAGCGGAAUGCGAUGGCCAAUCAGAAACGUGUUACGUUGGAGAGUGAUCGAAUGAAUGCUAUCGAAGCAGCUAGGAAACUUCGAAGUCGUCAUUUAGACCAACUUGAAAUCAUUUUCGCUGGGGAAGAAGCCAUUCCCCAAGUCAAUGUCAAAGGCGGAAAAUCUGCAAAUAGCCUUACCCGCGAAUUCAAUAAACGAUUUGAAAAGUUGGUGUUGGAAUCGAAGGGUAUUCAAACGAAUCUCAAUGAAAUGCAGAAAGAGCUCUCGAAAUUGGAGACUCAACUGUCAUUCCAUCGGAAACAGUUGCGUGAAAAGCAGGAUACCAUGAGGAAGAUUGAGGAAAGCCUCAUUUCAACAUGCGGUCGAGUGAAUCUGGAGCACAGUUUGGAUGCUUUAAUGAUUAGGAAAAAGCAAUUGGAAGGUGACUGUGCAACGGAGGAGGGUAGCCUUUACCUUUGGAAAAGGUUUCGUGAUCGAUUGGCUAAAGAAUCCGAUUGUCCACUGUGCCACCGGGGUUUCACCAAUGAACAAGAUCACAUUGAUUUAAAAGAAGAGAUUGAGAGGCGCAUAGUCUCCAUUCCACUCGAUUUGGAUUCCAAACGAAAGGAGCUUCAAGAACUAACCAGCCAACACGAGAAAAUAAUUGAACUGCGUCCGAAGAGUGUGGAGUUCUCAAAUCUGAGGGAAGUUGAUAUACCGGAGCUGGAUGCGAAGAUCAAGGCAACACAAUUAAACCUUGAUGACUUACAAUUGAAAAUGGAGACGGAAACAUCGAAACUGGCUGACAUUCAGAUGAAGGAGUCAGUGGCUAGAAAGUUACAAGGUGAUAUGGCCGUCAUCGAGAAGACAGAACAAGAGAUUGGUGAUUUGACUCGAUCAUUGGACUCUUGCAAGGGCUCUCAUGGGGAAUCAAGCAAGUGGCUCGGUGUUGUGGAGGAGAAAAUUACUAAGGACUUGUCGUCGAAAAUUGAAGGCCUACGUACAGAAAUGGAACAGCUCUCGAAGCAGCGACAAAACGCCAUUGACAAGGAGCACGAAUUGAAAGAUCGCCAUCUUAAAUUGGAGAAGGAGUUUCAAGCAGUGAGUACCUUAAAUUCCGAGCUCAAGCGUUUGGAGGCGUCGAAAGAGCGAACCACUAGUCAGUUGGAGGAGUUGCGUGCUCAACUGGCUGGAUGCCAGGCGAGUCUUAGUGCAGCUGAGGUGGACAAACGGAAGAUUAUCGAGGAGCGAGAUGAGAGCGUGGCUUUCGCAACGGCUGAAUGGCAAGAGUGGCGUGAGCGUAUUCGGGAGUUCAUGGAGGUCUGCGAAUCUGUUGCCUCCAAAUACAGAACUAAUUCAUCUCCCAUUGAGGAGUUGCAGAGGGUGGCGCGUGAAUUGGCAAGGCUCGAGGAGAAGAGGGAGGAGUUGAAAUCUAGGGAGGUUGACAUUUCUCAAGAGGUGGAGCAACUUCGGACUGCUAUCAACACUCAUCAGAUUGUUCAACGCGAUUUCCAAGACUGCGUUCAGCUGCGUAAACUUCAAUCUCAACUCGGCUCGUUGAGUGGUCGUAUUAGUGAUAUUCAAGGGAAGAUCACUGCCUGUCAAUCAGGUAUUUCUGAGUCGAUCGAUCCUGAGGAGCAUAAACAAGUCAUUAACGAAGGCAUUACUAGAGUGAAGACAGAAUUGCAAAUGAUGGAAAAAGAUUUGAAGGAGAAGUACGCUGAUGCUGAGGCUGAGUACGUGAAGAAGAUGUAUGAAUUCCGAACCUCUGAAAUGGCGGCCACUGAUCUACAUCGUUAUCACCAAGCUCUUGACAGAGCAAUCAUGAAGUACCACGAGGAGAAGAUGAAUGAAAUCAACGAAAUUAUUCGUGAACUCUGGCGAACAACCUACCGGGGCAAUGACAUAGAUCACAUAAAGAUAUGCAGUGAAGAGGAGUCGCUGGCAACAGCAGCAGCAAGUCGCACACGACGUACCUACAAUUACCGAGUGGUGAUGGUGAAAGCCGGUUCUGGCGGCGGGGCAGUGCCCACUCGAGUGGGCAAAUAUGCGCGUUUGACCACCUCGUCAGAAACGCCUCUGGACAUGCGAGGUCGAUGCUCAGCUGGUCAGAAAGUUCUCGCCAGUUUGGUGAUUCGACUAGCUCUAGCCGAAGUCUUCUGUCUCCAAUGUGGUGUCCUCGCCCUAGAUGAGCCUACCACGAAUUUGGAUCGGGAGAACAUCGAGUCGUUGGCUUAUGCUCUUACUGAGAUUAUCAAAGCACGAUCGAGUCAGCGGAACUUCCAAUUGAUCGUCAUCACCCACGACGAAGAUUUUAUUGAACUACUGGGUCGUGCGGGUUGUGCCAAUCAUCUCCAAAGACUGGUCCGCAAUCCAGAGUAA